AUAAUAUGGAAUCUUUACAGGAAAGUUCUGGAGGAACAAUGAGUGGACUAGAAAACCCCAUAUCAGAGAAUGGAGAGAAGCCAUUUUCAUGUCCGGAAUGUGGAAAAUAUUUUAGUAAGAAAUCACAUCUUGUAACUCAUGAGAGAACUCACACAGGAGAGAAGCCAUUUUCAUGUUCAGAAUGUGUGAAGAGUUUUAGUCAAAAAUCACAACUCAUGGAACAUAUAAAAACUCACACAGGAGAGAAGCCAUUUUCAUGUCCGGAAUGUGUGAAGUGUUUUAGGAAUAAAUCCCAUCUCGUAGAACAUAUGAAAACUCACACAGGAGAGAAGCCAUUUUCAUGUCCGGAAUGUGUGAAGAGUUUUAGUUUUAAAUUAAGUCUUGUGGAUCAUAUGAGAACUCACACAGGAGAGAAGCCAUUUUCAUGUGCAGAAUGUGUGAAGUGUUUUAGUCAAAAAUCAAGUCUUGUGGAUCAUAUGAGAACUCACACAGGAGAGAAGCCAUUUUCAUGUCCAGAAUGUGUGAAGUGUUUUAGUCAAAAAUCACAUCUUGAAAAACAUAGGAGAACUCACACAGGAGAGAAGCCAUUUUCAUGUCCAGAAUGUGUGAAGAGUUUUAGUCAAAAAUCACAUCUUGAAAGACAUAUGAGAACUCACACAGGAGAGAAGCCAUUUUCAUGUCCAGAAUGUGUGAAGAGUUUUAGUCAUAAAUCACAUCUUGUGGAACAUAUGAGAACUCACACAGGAGAGGAGCCAUUUUCAUGUCCAGAAUGUGUGAAGAGUUUUAGUAAAAAAUCACAUCUUGAAAAACAUAUGAGAACUCACACAGGAGAGAAGCCAUUUUCAUGUCCAGAAUGUGUAAAGAGUUUUACACACAAAACAAGUCUUGUGCAUCAUAUGAGAACUCACACAGGAGAGAAGCCAUUUUCAUGUCCAGAAUGUGUGAAGUGUUUUAGUCAUAAAUCAAGUCUUGUGGGACAUAUGAGAACUCACACAGGAGAGAAGCCAUUUUCAUGUCCAGAAUGUGUGAAGUGUUUUAGUCAAAAAUCACAUCUUGAAAAACAUAGGAGAACUCACACAGGAGAGAAGCCAUUUUCAUGUCCAGAAUGUGUGAAGAGUUUUAGUCAAAAAUCACAUCUUGAAAGACAUAUGAGAACUCACACAGGAGAGAAGCCAUUUUCAUGUCCAGAAUGUGUGAAGAGUUUUAGUCAUAAAUCACAUCUUGUGGAACAUAUGAGAACUCACACAGGAGAGGAGCCAUUUUCAUGUCCAGAAUGUGUGAAGAGUUUUAGUAAAAAAUCACAUCUUGAAAAACAUAUGAGAACUCACACAGGAGAGAAGCCAUUUUCAUGUCCAGAAUGUGUAAAGAGUUUUACACACAAAACAAGUCUUGUGCAUCAUAUGAGAACUCACACAGGAGAGAAGCCAUUUUCAUGUCCAGAAUGUGUGAAGUGUUUUAGUCAUAAAUCACAUCUUGUGCAUCAUAUGAGAACUCACACAGGAGAGAAGCCAUUUUCAUGUCCAGAAUGUGUGAAGUGUUUUAGUCAUAAAUCAAGUCUUGUGGGACAUAUGAGAACUCACACAGGAGAGAAGCCAUUUUCAUGUCCAGAAUGUGUGAAGAGUUUUAGUAAAAAAUCACAUCUUGAAAAACAUAUGAGAACUCACACAGGAGAGAAGCCAUUUUCAUGUCCAGAAUGUGUAAAGAGUUUUACACACAAAACAAGUCUUGUGCAUCAUAUGAGAACUCACACAGGAGAGGAGCCAUUUUCAUGUCCAGAAUGUGUGAAGUGUUUUAGUCAUAAAUCACAUCUUGUGCAUCAUAUGAGAACUCACACAGGAGAGAAGCCAUUUUCUUGUCCAGAAUGUGUGAAGUGUUUUAGUCAUAAAUCUAAUCUUGAAAAACAUAAGAGAACUCACACAGGAGAGAAGCCAUUUUCAUGUCCAGAAUGUGGGAAGUGUUUUAGUCAGAAAUCUAGUCUUGAAAAACAUAUGAGAAUUCACACAGGAGAGAAGCCAUGUUCAACAAAAAAACAAACCUUCCACAACCCUCCACAGCUCUUAAAAAUCCCAUGUGGUGUACAGUAUUUACAAUAAUAUAUGGCACAUGGGGGCCCCAUGGUCCCACUACAGCAAGAGCAAUAUAUAGGAAAACAUUCUGGA